AUGCAGGCAACCGAUUCUACUCAAGAGACAGUCGGCACAGGCACGACCCUUCCCCGUACCGAAGACACACGAACAUCUGGAGACGAUGAUUCAAAACUGGAACAGCCGAAGAAAAGCCUCGAGAGCAAGUCUGCGCCCAACGAAACACAAGACCACGGCCACACCCCCUCGCCACCAACAAACACAGAUACCAAACCCCCACCCAACGAAAAGACCCCAACCGAAGCCAUUGCGACUUCAGACGACAAAGAUGAAUCCACCGCACCCGACGACGAUUCCAAGUACCUCAGCGGCUUCAAACUCGCCAUCCUCUCCGUCGGCCUCUGUCUGACAACCUUUGUCAUCGCCCUCGACAACACCAUCAUCGCAACCGCAAUCCCCAAAAUCACAACCGUCUUCAACAGCCUCGAAGACGUCGGAUGUUAUGCGUGGAGUAAUUCGAAGGUCUGGGGUACGUUGCUGGGUUUCGGUCUCCUCAUCUCCGUUUUCAUCGGCAUACAGUUGCGUCAAGAGGACCGAGCGACGAUUCCUGUAAGAGUCUUUACCCAGCGGACUGUACUAGUUAGCUGUUUGUACUCGACUUUACUGUCCAUGGCUUUGUACACGCAUAUCUUCUACCUUCCCUUCUACUUCCAGGCUAUAAAAGGGACCACGGCUGAGGAAUCUGGUAUCCGCACCAUCGCUUACCUCGUCAGCAUCACCUGCUCAUCCAUUGUCAUCGGCGGCCUCAUCACUGUUGUCGGUUGGUACGCGCCUUUCAUGUGGUUCGGCAGCGCCAUCUUCGCCAUCGGCGCAGGCAUGCUGUACACGCUCAAAGUCUCUUCCCCACCGGGUCAAUGGAUCGGCUACCAGAUCCUCGCCGGUAUCGGCGCAGGGGCUGGUGUACAAAUCCCCUUUGUCGCAGUACAAGUCGUGACGAAUGAGAAAGAUAUGCCAACAGCCAAUGCCUGCGUCAUGUUCUUCAACUCUCUUGGUGGCGCGCUGAGCAUCUCCAUCGCGCAGAAUAUCUUUGUCAAUACGCUGGGUAAGGAGGUGCCCAAGUAUGCGCCGGGAUUUGACGCGAGGAUUGUGGCAAAUGCUGGGGCGACGAACUUGAGGGGUGUUGUGCCGCCGGAGAUUCUGCCGGGCGUGUUGCAUGGGUAUAACAAUGCGAUUGUCACGGCAUUCAUACUUGCGAUCGCGACGAGUAGUAUCGCAUUCUUUGUUAGUCUGGGUAUGGAGCAGAAGAGUGUCAAGGGGAAGAAGAUCAUGGCAGGUGGCGGAGCAUAG